GAACAUAAUGUAUUUUCGUUUUCCAGGAUGGAUGUACAGUAGCUCUCACACGCACUCUUGUUUCUGUGUAACCUCACCUACUGCACCUGUCAGACCUGACUCUCCACAUCCAGCUGUCUGACCGGAACACCUGGCUGUGCGUGUGAGUGAGUGUGAAUACAGGUGCGUGAGUUUAAUGUAAGUGUCGUCAAAAACAGCUGGAUGCUACCGGAAGCUCCUCGGCUAGCAGGCUGUAUCUGUAGCCGAGCAGCAGCCUCUGCAGAGCGGUGAAGCUGUCAGAUCAGACCCGGCGCUGCAGGACUGGAGGACUGGAGGACUGAAGGGAUGGAUCACUAACUCCUGCGGGUGAUCAGUGAUCAGUGAUCAGUGAGGAUGAGGAGCCGCAGUAACUCAGGAGUGAGGCUGGAUGGCUACGCCAGGCUGGUCCAAGAGACCAUCCUGAGACACCAGAACCCAGUGACGGGACUUCUGCCCGCCAGCGCCCAGAAGAAGGACGCCUGGGUGAGGGACAAUGUGUACAGCGUCCUGUCCGUGUGGGCGCUGGGCAUGGCCUACCGCAAGAACGCAGACCGCGAUGAAGACAAGGCCAAGGCCUACGAACUGGAGCAGAGUGUAGUGAAACUGAUGCAGGGACUUCUGCAGUGCAUGAUGAGACAGGUGGCCAAGGUGGAGAAGUUCAAACACACCCAGAGCCCAACGGAUUGCUUGCAUGCCAAAUACGAUACUCCUACCUGUGCCACGGUUGUCGGGGACGACCAGUGGGGCCAUCUCCAGGUAGACGCCACCUCCAUCUACCUGCUGAUGCUGGCUCAGAUGACUGCCUCAGGUCUUCGCAUCAUCUCAAACCUGGAUGAGGUGGCCUUCAUCCAAAACUUGGUCUUCUACAUAGAAGCUGCUUACAAAGUGGCGGAUUAUGGGAUGUGGGAGCGAGGUGACAAGACCAACCAAGGCAUCCCCGAGCUCAAUGGCAGCUCUGUAGGAAUUGCUAAGGCAGCUCUGGAGGCCAUAGAUGAGCUGGAUCUUUUUGGUGCCCACGGAGGGCCGAAGUCAGUCAUCCAUGUUUUGCCUGAUGAAGUGGAACAUUGUCAGUCCAUCCUGUGCUCCAUGCUGCCCAGAGCUUCAACCUCAAAGGAGAUAGACGCCGGCCUUCUGUCUGUCAUUUCCUUCCCUGCUUUUGCUGUUGAGGAUGCGGAGCUGGUGGCAAUCACUAAGUCCGAAAUCAUAAGCAAACUACAGGGUCGCUAUGGCUGCUGCCGCUUCAUCAGGGAUGGAUAUCGUUGUCCUAAAGAGGACCCGUCUCGGCUGCACUACGAUCCUGCAGAGCUCAAGCUGUUUGAGAACAUCGAAUGUGAGUGGCCCGUGUUCUGGACUUACCUCAUCCUGGACGGUAUCUUUGCUGGAGAUCAAGUGCAGGUGCAGGAGUACCGUGAGGCGCUGGAAGGCAUUUUGAUCAGAGGGAAGAACGGCAUCAAACUGCUGCCUGAACUUUAUGCUGUACCUCGUGACAAGGUGGAGGAGGAGUACGGCAAUCCUCACUCAGUGGACAGAGUGGCCAUGGGGCAGCUGCCGCACAUGUGGGGACAAUCGCUCUACAUCGUGAGCUGUCUUCUGGCCGAGGGUUUUUUAGCACCAGGAGAGAUCGAUCCCCUCAACAGGAGAUUCUCUACAAACUUCAAGCCAGAUGUUGUGGUACAAGUAUGUGUGGUAGCAGAGUCGGAGGAGAUCCAGGAGUUGUUAAGUGAUCAUGGGUUCGGGGUCCAGACGAUGUCAGAUGUUAUGCCUAUCAGGGUCAUGCCUGCUCGCAUCCUGAGCCAUGUCUAUGUCCGACUGGGGAACUGUAAGAAACUGAAUUUGAGCGGUAGGCCCUACCGACACAUCGGAGUUCUGGGAACGUCCAAAUUCUACGAGAUCAGGAAUCGCUCUUAUAUAUUCACCCCCCAGUUUCUAGAUCAGCACCACUUCUACCUGGCACUGGACAACCAGAUGAUUGUGGAGAUGUUAAGAACUGAGCUGGCCUACCUCUCCUCUUGCUGGAGGAUGACAGGACGGCCCACACUCACUUUCCCCAUCACCCGCAGCAUGCUGGUUGAAGAUGGAGAUGGGAUUGACCCGUGUAUCGUAGCAACCCUCAGGAAACUACAGGAUGGCUAUUUUGCUGGAGCGAGGGUGCAGAUGUCAGACCUCUCCAGUGUCCUGACCACAUCGUUCCACACUCACCUCAGCUUCCUGGAUGAAGAGAACGAUGACAGCUUACUCGAGGACGAGGAUGAGGAGGAUGGUGAUGAAUAUGGAGAGGAGUAUAACAACUGUGGGCCCUCAGCUGGCUCUAAAGACAUGUUUGACCAGUACCUCACCCAGCUCCUCCACAGCACCACCACCAAGUGCCAUCUUCCUCCCAUCCAGAGUGGGCAGCACCACGUCUUCAGUGCUGAACACACCACCAGAGACAUCCUGUCUUUUAUGGCCCAGGUCCAGGGUCUGAGCAUGCCCAAGUCUUCCAUGUAUCUUCCUGUGACUCCUGUUAAGGGCAAACGGCGCAAAACUCUCAACCUACUUGAAGUUCCUCCUCAACCUCAGCACGGCCCACAUGUAAAGCAGCACACGUCCCACAGUGCUGCUGACCUGCACCUGCCUCGAGACUCUCAGGGCAACACAGACUUUGCGGCGUUGGUGAGGCAGCUGAAAGAGUGUCCGACUCUGCAGGACCAGGCUGACAUCCUCUACAUCCUUUACAUAAUGAAAGGAGCUGAUUGGCUGGUGGAGUUGUCAGGUCCCGGGCAGGGCGGGGUCAGCGUGCGUUCCCUGCUGGAGGAGCUGUAUGUACAAGCUGGAGCCUGCAGAGAGUGGGGACUCAUUAGAUACAUCUCUGGGAUACUACGCAAGAGAGUGGAGGUCCUCGCUGAGGCCUGCACGGAUCUGAUUUCCCAUCAUAAGCAGCUGACUGUAGGUCUACCUCCUGAACCCAGGGAGAGAGUCAUCACAAUUCCACUUCCUCCCGAGGAGUUGAACACUCUCAUCUAUGAGGCCAGCGGUCAGGACAUCAGCAUAGCUGUACUCACACAGGAAAUCAUGGUGUAUCUAGCCAUGUACGUGCGCUCCCAGCCUGCUCUGUUUGGGGACAUGCUCCGGCUCAGGAUCGGACUCAUCAUGCAGGUGAUGGCCACUGAGCUGGCUCGCAGUCUGCACUGCUCUGGGGAGGAGGCGUCUGAGAGUUUGAUGAGCCUGAGUCCUUUUGGAAUGAAAAGCCUACUGCAUCACAUCCUCAGUGGCAAAGAGUUUGGGGUGGAGAGGAGCAUGCGCCCGAUCCAGUCAACAGCCACGAGUCCUGCCAUCUCGAUUCAUGAACUCGGCCACACUGGAGCCACCAAGAAUGAACGCACAGGGAUACACAAGCUGAAGAGUGAGAUCAAACAGCUGGAUGACUCUCGGCCUCUCAGUAUCGUCAGCGGUGGCCUUUCCUUGAGUAGCAAUGUCACUUCUCCUCGCUCCACGCGCUGCAGCAGCCCCUCCACCCCCAGUGGGAUCCUGUCCCCAGUGGGCCCCGGUCCAGGAGACGGACAGCUGCACUGGGAGGAGAGGCAAGGCCAGUGGCUGAGGAGACGCAGGCUGGAUGGAGCUAUAAACAGAGUACCAGUGGGUUUCUACCAGAAGGUCUGGAAGAUCCUGCAGAAGUGCCACGGCCUGUCCAUCGAUGGAUACGUGUUGCCGUCAUCUACCACGAGAGAGAUGACAGAGGGAGAGAUCAAGUUUGCGGUGCAGGUGGAGUCCGUCCUGAACCACGUCCCCCAACCAGAGUACCGGCAGCUGCUGGUGGAGACUGUGAUGGUUCUAAGCCUGGUAGCUGACGUGGACGUGGACAGCAUCGGUGGCAUUAUCCACGUGGACCGCAUCCUGCAUCUGGCCAAUGACCUCUUCCUCAGUGACCAGAAAUCCCACAGUGCCAGUGAUUAUUUCCUUGAGAAGGACCCAGCAACCGGAAUCUGCAACUUUUUCUAUGACAGCGCCCCCAGUGGCGGCUAUGGCACCAUGACCUACCUGUCCAAGGCGACGAUCACUUAUGUUCAGGACUUCCUGCCGAGCUCCAGCUGCCUGAUGCAGUGAAAGAGCAGACUGAACACCUGAAGAGACAUGUUUUAUAAGUCAAGGUUCAUCGGGCCAAAGGCAGCAAAGCUUCUCAUUAUCAGCUCAUACUAUUCAUGUGGUGCUUGUGAGUAUUUACUCUUCAAUAAACUCUGUAGCUCUCAUACUCUGGUGUAACAUCAUAGCCUUGGCAGCUGGUUUCAAACCACUAUAUAAGAAUUUAUUUUUUUUCUGUCAAGUCUGAACUGUGAACUUAUUUAUUACUGAAACAUGCUGCUCAAAUGUGUGUUUACAGGACUGAAUAACACACAUUUAUAUAAAUUAAAAUUAGCACAUCUCUGUGCUCUUGGUGUUGUGUGUGAGAAUAUUAUAUAAACAGUUAACUGUCUUAUAGUUGAAUAUGUCAUAGUUUAUAAUUCUACAGAGCUUGGCAGUUAUCAGAGUAAACAUUUUGGUAAUUUGUCCACAAAUUAUUCCCCUCAAAUCAGUAAUUUGUACUUUUAUUUUCUGCCUCUGUUUUUUAUUGUUUUAUCUGCAUUUAAUAAUAUAAUAAUGUAUUGUUCUAUUGUAAUAGAUUACCUUAAAUAUGCAGGAAAAAUAAAAAAAAUCAUAUAUCAAUCAUAAAAACAAUUUGUACCCUCAAAUUACUAAUUUCUUACCCCACAAAUGAUAAAUUUGCGUAUACGAAUUAACAGUUUCACCUCGGAUAUCUUUCAGGCUCUUUAUAAUUCAGUGUUGAUGAUACUGAAACUUGUUUUAGCUGUAGUCUUAUGUCAAUAUGAACCUGUAUGGGAACAAUAAUCAUAGUUUUCCUUGAAUGCCAAGAUGUUUUUGUCUUUGUGUUGUGUGUUUUGUACAAUUAAUGAAAAUUAAUCCAUCCGUCUGCACAUGAAUGUCACCCAAAGGUUUUCCUACUGAUAUGGCCAGUCAACAUUUUGCAUGUACCUCAACGUACAGUGAAUAUAAGUUUAUUUUUGGUAUGUUGGUGUAGAAGUCUGCUUUAAUGCCGGUACUUAGUAAUGUUUUAUACGGUAUACACUACAGUAUGUAUAUAUAUAGUAUAUGCAUGAUGUAUACGUAAAGAAUGAAAUGUCAGUGCAGCCAGACAUUGGUUAAGUACCAGAGAGGUCCGGAGUAUGUUGAACAGAGUCUUUGUAUGUCUGAUGAGUACAGAAAGGAAAAAAAAGUUUUAAAUAACUUUCAUCCCAGUGCUUUUAUUUUGAAAGCGAAAUGGCAGGAAACAGUAAAAUGUUGAUAUAUUUAAUGCUAACCCAAACCCUGAAAUAUUUCCAUUUACUUAAAUUGUAACAAAAAUAGAGAGAAUUAAUAUGUAUACAGUAUAUACUAUUAUAACAUAUUAUACAGGUCUCCUAUUUAACAUAAUAUAUCUGUUCAGUUAUUUUAACAUUUCCAUUAGAAAAAUAUUUAUUAUGACAUUUUUAAAGUAUGUUCAUGCAAUAAUAAAAUCAUUUGACUAA